AUGCAACUUACUUCUGUAAUUAAUUUGCUGAUUUUACCGGCACAGAUAAAGAAUGCUUCUAAAGUUUUGAGAGCCAUUUUGGGUGUUCUUCAUCAGUCAUUUACAUCUGGUUCUGGUUUUUCUAAUCCUGAAUCAGCAGAGGAAGCAAUUACAAAGGCUCUUGGGAUUGUGCUAGUGUUGCUUUAUGACUAUGCGGAGAGCACUUUCGAUGAGCUUUUGCAGCGUCCAGAAUUGCGUGGUAAUGAAAUUUGUGAUCCUAAGGUAGGCGGCUGUGGCAAAUCCAACAAUCUCCACUGUAUUCUUUCAACUCGUCCACAUGUGUUCGCAACAGUUCUCCUUUGGAAGAGUAAUAGUGAGCCUGUAGAUGAUAUAUCUGCAACAUUGAGAGCUCUGAGUACUGAGAUAGAUAUUGGUGUCAUAUUUGAGGAUUUAGAUCCGGGGAACAAAUAUUCCCUUAUUUCAAUGGUUUGCCGUUAUCAACAACACUACAUCUGCUUUGUAUAUAACCAUGAGCAUGAAAAGUGGAUUUUGUAUGAUGAUGAAAUUCUGCAGGUUAUGGGUGGUUGGGACGAGGUUCUUAUCAUGUGUGAAACAGGGCAACUACAGCCUGAGAUUCUGUUUUUUGAAGCUGCAGAGUAGUUUUUGUCCGCUUACAUCAUUGGAAUACACAUCAUUUAGGCAAUUAAAAUUGUUAGCUUUUCGAUUACAACUUUUUUUUCGUUGUUGUUAGUUUUCAUUUCUGUUGCUUUAGCUUUGUUGGGGAGAGCAAUACUGUACAGAUAGAGUAGGGAGGUGUAUAACAGUUCAUUCAUUGUAUCCAUAAC